AUCCUCACGCUCCUGGGGGCAGCCAUUUUCUUAAAGACUGUUAGGCUAACACCUCUUCAAAGUUCUCAAAUGAAUAAUCUAGGUCUAGUAUACAUUCUGGUGUAGUUACCGACUGGGGCAGGAAGAAAAGGCUUCUAUCAUUCAGACCUACAAGUGUCUAACUCAGGGCCGAAGUCCAACUGGUGAAGGGCGGAAGUAGAGUGUCUAUAGCUGCAGUCAUGGCGCAGGAAGAGGAAGAUGUUAGAGACUACAAUUUGACUGAGGAGCAGAAGGCGAUCAAGGCCAAGUAUCCUCCGGUUAAUCGGAAGUACGAGUAUCUGGAUCAUACAGCGGAUGUCCAGUUACACGCAUGGGGAGAUACUCUGGAGGAAGCAUUCGAGCAGUGUGCGAUGGCCAUGUUUGGUUACAUGACAGAUACGGGGACUGUGGAGCCCCUCCAAACAGUGGAAGUGGAAACACAAGGAGAUGACUUGCAGUCUCUUCUGUUUCACUUUUUGGAUGAGUGGCUUUAUAAGUUCAGUGCUGAUGACUUCUUCAUACCCCGGGAAGUAAAAGUACUUAAUAUUGAUCAAAGAAGUUUCAAAUUACGGUCAAUUGGGUGGGGAGAAGAAUUCUCAUUGUCCAAGCACCCUCAGGGAACUGAAGUCAAGGCAAUAACAUAUUCAGCAAUGCAGGUCUAUAAUGAAGAGAAGCCAGAAGUUUUUGUGAUCAUUGACAUUUAAGAUACAAAAAACAAACAAAGCCUCCUAUGAAGAACUGUGUUUUCUCUUCUUUUUGAGAAGAUACCAUGAUAUAAAUUCUACAGUCUGAUGAUACAUGAUGAUAUGCACAACAAAUUUUUGACUUAAAAGUGUAACUUUCACAAAUGGAAAAUCAAGGCAUAGCCUUGGUUUGUGUUAACUAAAUAUUCAAAUGCUAAAGAAUUCUU